AACCUGGUAACCCAAGUCUGUUAGUGGAACCAUGAAAGUUUUGUUGGUGUUUGACUUUGACAAUACAAUCAUAGAUGACAACAGUGACACCUGGAUUGUACAGUGUGCUCCAGACAAAAAGCUUCCCAUUGAGCUACAAGAUUCUUACCAAAAGGGGCUUUGGACAGAAUUUAUGGGCAGAGUCUUUAAGUAUUUGAAAGAUGAGGGGGUAAAAGAAGAUGAACUGAAGAGGGCAGUGACGUCACUGCCCUCCACCUCAGGGAUGAUAGAACUUCUCAGCUUCCUGAGGAUGAACAAGGACAGGUUUGACUGCAUCAUCAUUUCGGAUUCAAAUUCCAUCUUCAUAGAUUGGGUUUUAGAAACUGCUGCUUUUCAUGAUGUCUUUGAUAAUGUGUUUACCAAUCCACCAUCUUUUGACAGCAAUGGUUUUCUCACAGUGAAAAACUGUCAUAGUCAUUCUUGCACUAGGUGCCCAAAGAAUCUUUGCAAAAAUAUAGUUUUGGGAGAAUUUAUAGAUAAACAGUUACAAAAGGGAGUGAGAUAUACACAGAUUGUUUAUAUAGGCGAUGGUGGAAAUGAUGUCUGUCCAGUAACUUUUUUAAAGAAAAAUGAUGUUGCCAUGCCACGGGAAGGAUAUACUUUACAUAGAACUCUUGCCAAAAUGUCUCAAAACCUUGAGCCUAUGGAAUCGUCUGUUGUAGUUUGGUCUUCAGGUGUUGAAAUAAUUUCUCAUUUACAACGUCUAAUGAAGAUGUGA